UCCUUUUCUGUCAAUACUUGCCUUGUCAACAGUAAUAAAGAGAAAAAUUAACACAUUUUACCCACAAUUCGGUUUGUUACAGUUUGUUACAACUUUCUUUACACAGUGUAUAUUGCCACACCCAUCUAUUUUACCUGAUGAAGAUCAGUUAAAAAUUUUAUUUUGUUAUGAAGAUAUUGUUAAGUCUGGUGUAGACUUCAAGCCAAAUCAUUACGUUCCCCUUUUUCCAGGUUGCAACUUUCUUAACUGAAAGUUGCAUUUUCCUAUUUCAGCAUGCAAAAAGCAGUAAAAAACCCUUCUUAAUUCUUCUUUCAAAGUUCAAACGAAACUUGAGUUUAGCCCUAUGAAUAAACAAAUAUAUCUGAACAAAUACAUGGGUUGAGGUGUGUUUGUAUCAUAUCACAUGUAUGUAUAUUUCAUCUUCAUUAUCCUGAUCUUUCCAUAUUCUUAUUUUUUUUGUUAUUAUUGUGUUUUAUUUUGCUGUCCAUGGCUGGUGUGAUCAUUUGAUUCACCUAGUCAUGCUGAUGAAGCCUGAUAUUGGCAGAAACAGCAGGAGUUUAUAAAUAAUGAAAUAUAUUCACAAUUGUCUCACUUUAUUGUAGUUAAUCCCUGUUAAUUUUAGUGGUUUUAUCUAUCUAAAAUAAGACGUGUAAGACGGAGAUUUGAUUCUUAUAAAAGAUGUUCUUAGGAGAUUUUGUUAUAGCUUAGCGUUUCUUUUGGUCAAUUUUAUUAAUAACUAGAUAAAUCGGAAGACAAUUUUUCGGCGAUUUUUGUACCCGCAAAGCUUAAAAUUUAGCCCCCAGCUGCUAAAUUCAAGACUCAGUCUUGACUAAGUCUUGAAAAAGUCUGGAUCCGCCCCUGGGUAAGAAAACAAAACAGCAAAUAAAAAUCUUUUCACUCAGUGAAGCAACCGCGCCUGUAACUAUAUUUGACAUCAAUUAGAUUUUCACCGACUUUUAAGUUAGCUCACAAAAAGCGCGAUAAACUUGAUCACUGUGUGUAUGUCUGUAACAAGCAAAGUCGAUUAAACUUUCAACAAUUUUCUUUAAAAAAAGCUGAAAAAUUUCCGCGAUAAAACUAUAAAACUGUCGCUGUCUUUUGAAACGUUUGUUCAAAUUAAUUUUCAGACAUGUAAUAAAAUUGUAUUUAUUAUUGUCAAAAGAAGAAAUCGCCAUUUUAUUAAAUAGCUAAUUAUAAUGAGGAAGUGACUUUUUUUCUAACGGUUUUAUUGUCUAUUUCAUUUAUUAAUAAAAAUUCAACCAACCUGCACUAAAUUUCUUAUGAAAAAUUCACGGGUGAUUGGUUUUCAUUGUUCUUUUGUUGUAACAUUUAUGAUUUAUUUGCUCUUAAAGGAAAUUAACAACAAACUUGUUGAAGAAAGGUGAGAUGAAUUUAACGGUUUAUUUAUUUGUUCUUCUUUCAUUUUUCAGUAUCUAUACAAGCGGGUUUUUAAAAUUAGUAACAAAAUUAAUCCAGGAACCUGAUCUUGCACGCCAAGGUUGAAACACAACGGAGAUGGUAUUGUGGUGUUGUAAUCAUAAGGUCUCAUGUUUGAGUCCCAACUCCGAUGCACUUUAAAUGCAGUGUUGUCAGUCCAUCUUAACUCGACUAUUGACUGUGAACCGGCUUGUGUGUUAGGCAAGCAAGUUAGAGCCAUCUUCUACGAUCUCUAGCGGUAAUGCAACUUAGUUACAGUCGAAGGAGAGAAAGAGCAAGCCGUAAUGAUGCAAUUCCAAAUGACGUUAAAGCUUUGUUACUUGCUCAUUUUAUUUGCUUUUAGAGCAAUAUAAUGGUUGACUAUUUAUAUGUUGUUGAUGUGGUGUAUUGCUUUAGAAAACUCCAUAUUGUCAUUACAUUCUGCAUAUCACAAAAUUUUCUUGUCUCUUUUUUUCCUGAAUUAAUCUUGACGUUCUGAAAUUCCAUAUAUAAACUACAUUUAAAGAAAACGAUUAUUUCUCGUUUGUCAUGUGCCAACCUGAAUUAAAUAUAAUUUGUUUAAAGUAAUUAAUUAUAAACGCUCAAGAUUAUUUGUAGAUCAAAUACAAUGCUUAUUUUUUUGUCAUUAAAAUAUUUUGCAAAUCAGUUAGUAAAUCUCUCAAACAUACGAUUGCACGCAUCGACGGAUUUUAAAAGUUUAAUUAAUGUCUACGAAUAUUAUUAUUGAUCGAUAUACAGCUACCUAAAUUAAACAAAUUAGUUAACAAAUAUUGAUCACUUGAAACUCAAACAUAAAUUUAAAAGGGAGAUCGCAAUUAAAUAUACUAUAUAUUCAAAAUUUUUAAGCUUUUUCCGAGUAAACUUUGCUGAUGAUGGAUGAAUCAACGUCGAAACAAACAAGAUCUUGUGUUGGUCCACAUUUUAUUAAGGAGUUAAUUCCCGCAAAAUUAGCAUACAUUGGUAUGUACGGGACUAUGGGAUGUGUGUUGCCAUAUUUUAAUGCUUUCUUAGUAUCUGUUGGUUUAACAGUCACUCAAAGUGGACUUAUAACUGGAUUGCGCACCAUAGCAUCUCUCAUUGGAGCCCCUUUUAUUGCAAUAAUUAUUGAUCACAGUGACCACAAAAGAUUUAUUGUUCCCAGUAUGCUUAUAAUUCAUAUCGCUGUGACAUUCCCAGUACCAUGGAUUGCAAAAAGUAUCAUUGGUGAUGACGAAGAUUUAGCAAGUGACGAGAAGUCUAAAUUGUUUUACGUAAUGUUAACGAUGGCUUCUUUGAUUGCGGUGUUUGGCCUUUCCAUCGUCGGCUUCAUAGACGCCAAUGUUAUGGUACUAGUGAAAAAGUAUAAAAAUAAAACUACUUUCGGCUAUCAAAGAGUUUUUGGUCCAGUCGGUUUUGCUGCAUCGUCUUUUUUGGCUGGAUUUGUUUCAGAUCAAUAUCAAAUAGAGGGUAUGUCGAAAUAUACAGCAGCUUUUAUUAUGUACCUUCCGUUUAUCAUUUUGCUAUUUAUUUCGUUUAUUUUUCUUACUCGUUCUUCUGAGAGCGCAGGUCGUACCAUGUUUAAGCUGAAAUCUCAAACUAUUUCAACGGAAAGGGAUGGAAAAAAUCAAUACACUAAGAAUAUUGAAUUGCCAUCAACUGUUUCCAUUAAGGACGAAUCUACCAAUGAUAUAAAAUCAGUAAAAGAGAAUAAAAGUGAGCAAAACAGAUCAGUUGGAAGAAGCACAAUCAACACAUGCCGUCAACAUAAAGUUAUGUUCUUUAUCACCAUCAUGGCUCAUAUGGGCAUCAAUUAUUCCUUAAUCAAUGGAUUUCAAGCAAUUUUUAUGGAGAAAGAGUUAGGAACAACAAAAACCAUCAUUGGUGUAGCUUCGGCAUUGUCACCAGUAUCUGAAAUAUUAGCAUUUCCUGUUUCAGCAAAGCUAAUAAAGUUAUUUGGUGGUAUCUAUCCAAGUUUUAUUAUUGCUACAUUCUCAUAUUGCUUGCGAUUUUUAUCGAUGUCUUUUGUUGAAGAACCUUAUCUGAUGGUACCUAUCCAACUCUUCCAGUUUUUUGGGUUUGCAAUAUUUUGGGCAGCAGCUGUGGAAUACACAAACAAGAUAAGUCCCAUCAAAAUCUCUGUGACAAUGUUUACUAUUGUCACCAGCGUAUAUUACAGUUUAGGAAACAUUGUUGGAAAUAUUGUUGGAGGAGUUAUUUAUGAUGAAUACGGUGGUAGAUGGUUAUUUAGAGUGUCAUCAAUUAAUUGUGGCUUUAUGACUGGUUUAAUUGUUUUAUACUUCUUUCUGUAUGAAAAAAGAAGCAAAGAACAAAUCGAAGGGGUGUAUGUUAACAAACAUGGACGCGAAGAAGACACAGUUGGAAGAAAAGAAUAAAUAAUUGGUUGACAAUUUCCAGGGGAAUUUUUAUGUUUAUCUUAGGAAGGACAUUGGACAUUAAGAAGGAUUGCGACAUUUAACUUAAAAUUUUGAUUACAAUCUUAUAGCACAAUAUGCAAAAUUACUAGUUGAUGCCAAACCGCCUACAGUGAAUUCUAACCCCAACAAAUAUUUCGUAGAACAGGAAUUUUUUUUGCAAUCAAUCGUUGGAACGUUUAUUGCUACUACACAGGAGAAAAAUUCUAAAGUUUAAAUUUUAUUUAACUUUAAGUUUUCUGCAAAAUGAAGAUUUUUAGCCAAUCAAAUUUGCACCUUUUGUAUUCUCUGUCCUUUCUCUGUCCUUUAAAGACAGGAAAAAUAUAACAAAAGGAUACAAAGUGUGAUAACAUGUCAAAUUGCAAAAUGUUUUUGUUCUGUUCUGUUCUAGUUUUUGUUCAAGUUUCUGUCCCUAGUUGUGAGCUUAUUCAAGAAAAGGGCUUACCGAAUCGAGAAAUAUGGUGCCUGCAGAGCAUGUUAAAUCAUUUGUUAUCUCAUAUAUGCAGGAGAUAUUAGAGGAGGAGGGUUUCAAUUUGGUUGAAGUCAAUUUUGCGAUUUCUUAAAAUAAUACGGUGGUGAAGUAUUGGUGGUGCAAAUUAAAUGUUGCUAUAAAAAGUUGAACCAUUGUCAAUGAAAAACAAUACAUGGAUACAAUGGGGACGUAAAUGAUUGUGGCGAAACAAAGCAGUAAAUUUAAAAACACCUAAAAAAACGACGAAAUGCAGCCUACAUUAAUUUAACAAUUGUGACUCAUUUCGAAUAUAGGGCAAAGUUAUACUGAAAUUCGUGCAGGUUUUAAAUACAACAAAAGAUAAAAAAAAUUAAAGAAAAACAAAAUUAAGAAUAAAGAUUGUCUUGUUUUAUAUUUAGACCAAACCAUGCUUUGUUAAUACUCUCACUUCUACCUUGACUAGCAGCAGAAUUUACAGAAUUAAACCGGCAUUAUUUAACUCUAAUUUUUUAACUAUGCUAUACUAA